AUGGAGUCCGACGACCACGGACGUGUAGCUCGCAGGCAUGAGAUGUGGUUCAGUGCUCCUGUGGGUGUAGUUCAUGAGCGCGUCGGCGACGAUGGCAUCAACGCAGUGCACUCCGGUAGUUGCCAUGGUGCACUCUGGUGGCCGUUGUGGUACAGCUCAGUGGCUGGCCAGGUGAGCUUGGUGACGCGACAGGUGCAGUCAGCUGAGCAGACACUCUUCUCCAAGCGAGAAGAGGAGGGCGAUCUUGGUUCCUGUCCACGUGCAGUUUCAGGCGAUGCGCCCAUGCGGUCGCAUAGUGGCGUGUGUGAUGCAGUUUUGCGUCUCCUCUCGGGUGGACACAUAGCUGCACCCCAGAUCGCCCAGUACUGCAACCCCUUCCUUCCUUUACUUAUUUUUUGCAGGAAAGAAAGUGGUGCAUUUCGGUUGGAUGUCCCGUUGGAGUUUGACCUUGUGUCAUUUCAGAUUAUACUGUGUAGUGCGACAUGA